AUGCCUCCCGAAGACGCUGAUCCAGAAGCAAAAUGCCCCGUCGACCACAAGACACGCGAAAAAUGGCUAGAGGCUGCCAAAGCAAAAGGCCAGCAGCAACCAACACCUUCGCAUCCUCCAAUCGCCUCGUCAUCGACACCCAUACAACCAUCUCGAUGGUCUCUUGAUGGCGGAAGAUGGGAACCUAUACAGAGCAUUCCAUCGCUAUCUCCAGCUUCCCAGCCCAAAAGACCGAAGAUGUAUACCCUCUCCCAAGACCGCGAAAUAUCCUCAAUACCUCGUGCUGUCACCAUUUCACCAUCAGAUCUCAACUCUGCCGAACGCGCUGCCCUCCCAGCAAAUAACGAGAAAGAUACCGGCCAUGACAGAGAUAGCGGUAACUGGAUCUAUCCUUCCCAAGAAAUGUUCUUCAACGCAAUGCAGAGGAAAGGACACUCAGCCGACCCAUCAGACAUGCAGAGCAUUGUUCCCAUUCACAAUGCCGUCAAUGAGCGAGCUUGGAGCGAGAUCAAAGUCUGGGAGAGAGGUUGGGGCGGAGAAAGAUGUGGUGGGCCGAAGCUGGUGAGCUUCGCAGGAGAUUCGAAAGCCUUGACACCAAGAGCAAGAUGGAAGAGUAUGAUGGGAUAUACGGAGCCGUUCGAUCGCCAUGACUGGGUAAUUGAUCGCUGCGGAACGAAGGUGGAAUAUGUGAUUGAUUUCUACAAGGGCAAAGAGACGCCUGGCAAGCCCGGAGGACCCUUGAGCUUCUACUUGGACGUCAGGCCCAAGCUGAAUAGCUGGGAAGGCAUCAAAAUGAGGGCUGCGAAGGCCGUCGCGCUCUAG